AUGGGCAGUAAACCGAAGGUGGAAGUCCUCCAGGCGGAGGUCGAUGAAAAUGACCAGAGCUUCUUCCGCCUUCGGGUCGAUGGUCGAUCCAUCAAAUACCUCACCGUCCAACCCGGUCUGUACAGCGCGGAGGAUAUGUGUUUCGGCCCGUCUCUGCUUUCCAUUCUUCCGGAGAUCCCGCCUGGAGAUUGGAAUGAUGGGUUGGUGGCCAGAGACACAAAUAAUGGUCAACCGUUCUUUGCUAGUCGGACUCAGUUCCCUUCCGUUAGCCAUCGGUGGCACGGAAUCUACGUCGAUUACCUGGACAUUGUGGUAGGAGAGAAGCUGAGAACAGGGAUUUACGAAGUCACAUGCUCACGCUUCGACACAGUUGUCGUCGCCAAGUUCGUGCGUUUCGAGUGGGAGAUCCAAUACCUAGAGAACGAGACUGCUGCCUACGAAUGGAUUGAUGGCCGUGGCAUUGGACCACGGUUUUUAGGCCACUUGACGGAAGGAGAUCGGGUGAUUGGAUUCUUAAUGGAACGCUUCACGAAUGCUCGGCACGCCGGUCUAAGUGAGCUUACUGCCUGCCAACAGACGUUGUGCCGACUACACCAGUUGGGUAUCCUGCAUGGUGACAUAAAUCGAUUCAAUUUUCUCAUUCGUGGCUCAAAGGCUGUGCUCAUUGACUUUGACACGGCUCGGAAAUGCGACGACCAGGACGCGCUUCGCAAGGAGCUUGAAACCUUGCCAGCAUAUCUACAGGAUACGUCUAGGAGAGGAGGCGGUGGAAUUCUUUGUGUCGCACCAAAGUAG